UUCGGCCCCGCUCGGCCCCGCUCGGCCAUGGAGAGGCGAGCGCCGGUCCCCGCCGGGCCCCUCGGGGACGAUUUCUCCUUCGUCAGCCCGGUGGCCAAGUACCUGCUCUUCUUCACCCGUGUCCCUCUGCAGGUGAUCUCCAUGGUGAUGGUGGCCGUGGGGGUUUACGCCCGGCUGCUGAAGCACGCAGAGGCGGCCAUGGCGUGCCUGGCGGUGGACCCUGCCAUCCUCCUCAUCAUAGUGGGUGUCCUCACCUUCCUCAUCACCUUCUGCGGCUGCGUCGGCUCCCUGCGGGAGAACAUCUGCCUGCUGCAGACGUUCUCCGUCUGCCUGACCGUCAUCUUCCUCCUGCAGCUGGCGGCCGGCGCGCUGGCCUUUGUGUUCUCUGAUGAGGCCCGCGGGAAGGUCAGCGAGAUCAUCAACGGGGCCAUCGUGCAUUACCGGGAUGACCUGGACCUGCAGAACCUCAUCGAUUUCGGGCAGAAGGAGUUCAGCUGCUGUGGGGGUGUCUCCUACAAGGACUGGUCCCAGAACAUGUACUUCAACUGCACGGCCACCAACCCCAGCCGCGAGCGCUGCUCCGUGCCCUUCUCCUGCUGCCUCCCAGCCCCUGUGCUCUGUCCCCUCUCCCAGGCUGUCAUCAACACCAUGUGUGGCCACGGGAUGCAGGCCAGGGGCUACCUGGAGGCCAGUGCCUUCAUCCACACCAACGGCUGCAUCGACAAGCUGGUCAACUGGACCCACAGCAACCUCUUCCUGCUGGGGGGCAUCACCCUGGGGCUGGCCCUGCCCCAGCUGGUGGGCAUCGUCCUGGCGCGGCUCCUCAUCAACCAGAUCCGAGACCAGAUCAAGCUGCAGCUCUACAACCAGCAGCACCGGGCAGACCCCUGGUCCUGAGCCCCGCAUGCUCCGGCAGCGCUCCGGGGGCAUUGCCGAGCCCCGGAUCCGCGGGGACAGCCCGAGGGGCUGCGCUGGAGGAGAGGGAAUGCAGCGGAGGAGAUCCGUGCCUUUGGCAGCCGGGCUCGGCUGGGCUGAAGCGGGCUGGCUGUCCGUCUGUCUGUCUGUCUGUCUGUCGGGAUCGCUGUCUGUCUGCUGGCUCACGCAGCUUGGCACUGGGGUGUGCUUCCCCACGCCGCGAGUGCUGGAGAAGGACGUUUGUCUGUCCGUCUGUCUGUCUGUGUGUCCGUGCACCGAGCUGCCUUCGCCCAGGCGGGGCUGCGGGACCGGGGACAUUGCCCCCAUGGCCGGGGGUCCGUCUCGGUGUCCCUGGCCGUGGGGACAGCGCAGGGCACAGCAGGGCUGGCCCGAGGGGGUGCCAGGCUGUGCCCACUCCUUGGCUUUCCUGGAUAAAAUGGGGGGUGCCAGGCUGUG